AUGACGACUUCGUCUCACCCCAUCCCGUCCUCCGCUCGCCGGUCGAUCCACAUCCGAGCCUCGGCUUCUGGUUCGGGUGACCAGUUGGCCAGGUCUGGUUCGGGAGGAUUCGUUGUAGGAACACGGGCGUAUUAUCACUCGUCAUCGUUUAAUGAUGGUGGGAAUAACGCCCGGUUGCAGCGGGUGGCGCGUGUGGUGGGCGUGGUUGUCGUUUUCCUCGCGCUGAUCGCCACAGCGCAACAGAUUCUCCUCUACCUCUCGCCGCCCGAUGCUGACGUGGCACAACCCGACAACCAUCUGAACGAUCGGCCUGAGAAGCUUGUUGCACUUGGCCAAGGUGAAGCAGCAGAUGGAUCAUCAGUUGAUGAUGCUGCCGCAGCUAUUGGGACACCAUGGCCUGCCUUUGGUCGCACGUGCCCUGGGGACUGCAGCGGCAAUGGCGUGUGCAAUGCGGAGUUUGGGGAGUGCAGGUGCCGCCACGGCUACACUGGCCUGGACUGCUCUCAAACGGAGGACUACCCGUGCAACCUGCCAGCAACCCCAGAGAGCCCCCUGGGGCCUUGGAUAGUGUCCAUCUGUGCAGCCCACUGUGACCUGCGCCGCGCUCAGUGCCGAUGCGGGCCCAACACCAGCUACCCUGACCGCCCUGUUGUCGCGCCUUGCGGUUUCCCCAAGGCCCCUGACCAGAUAGCAGCGGCGGAGUGUUUCUGCAACUAUGAUGGGCAGAUAGGGCGGCUGUGCGAGACGACUGUAGAGAGCUUCUGCAUCAACCAGUGCUCGCGUGCUGGCACCUGCUCCAUGGGGUACUGCGAGGUGAGAAUGGGUGGUGGGGGGUGGUGUCAGGUGAGAUUUGGUGCUGAGGAGUGGUGUGAGGUGAGAAUGGGUGCUGAAGGGUGGCGCGAGUGCGAGGGCGACCGCUACGGAAUUGACUGCAGCAUCCCCUCUGUGCGUUCGCCUCCCGACCUCUACCCCCCCGAGUGGCUGCGCAUACCCCUGCCCCACCAACCAGACCCCGAUUCUUCCUCCGAUUACCCUGAUCAGAACCCUGGUUCUGCCCCUGAUUCCCUUGGCUCUUCUAGUGUGUAUGAGGCAAGCGGUGUCAACAGCAGCAUCAGCAGCAGCAACAGCAGCAACAGCAACAGCAGUAUUGAAGGUGCAGCAGCUCCUGCAGCAGCAGCAGCAGGAGUAGUAGUAGUAAGAGGAGAAGAAGAGGAGAGCACACGUGUGGCAGAGAUAGGAACCAUGGUGAACCGGACCCGACCCCUCAUCUAUGUAUAUGACCUGCCGCCAGAGUUCACCUUUCACAAUCUAGAGGCGCGGCAGUGGAAGAGCUACUGUGGUCCGCGGGCAUACAGCCAUGAGAAUGACACAUUGUUUAAUGACGGAUGGCUCUAUGGACUAGAGACAGCGGUGUUUGAGGGGUUUCUAGGCAGCCCCCACCGUACACUGGACGGGGACAGUGCGGAUUUCUUCUACGUGCCGCUCCUGGGCGCCUGCAUCAUCGCCCGCUCUGAUGACUCGCCACGAUUCCGCAUGGAGGGUCAAUUCAAGGCCCGGCGGCCCAACCUAGUAGCAGACUUUUACCUCCGUGCCCUCGCCCACAUCCGCACCCACCACCCCUUCUGGGACCGGCACGGAGGCAAGGACCACAUAUGGAUGUUCGCAUGGGAUGAGGGCGCGUGCUACGCCCCUCAAGCCAUCUGGAGCAGCAUUAUGCUGGCGCAUUGGGGGAAUACAGGGAGCACACACAAGGGGUGUACGACCGCGUAUUACCAUGAUGAUUGGAGUGUAAUGGAGGAGAGUGUGCGGGGGGACCAUCCGUGCUUUGACCCGGAGAAGGAUGUUGUGAUGCCUGCGUGGAAGGUUCCUGGCGUGUGGGCGCGGGCGCAGAAGAUCAAAUCUCCCACACUGGAGACCCGCCCCACGCUCUUCUAUUUCAAUGGGAACCUCGGCAGUGCGUUUGAGCGCGGCCGCGUUGAACCCAAGUACAGCAUGGGCAUUCGGCAGAAGGUAGCAGAGGAAUUCGCGUCCUCUCCCAACAAGGAGGGCCAGCUGGGGCGGCAGCAUCAGGAAGACGUGGUGGUUACCAACAGAGCCACUGGCGAGUAUGGCAAGCAGCUCGCCGCAUCGCGUUUCUGCGGGGUGUUCCCGGGCGAUGGUUUCAGUGCGCGCAUGGAGGAUGCGAUGCUGCACGGGUGCAUCCCCGUCAUCGUGCAGGACGGUGUGUGGAUGGCGUUUGAGAGGCACCUCAACUACUCGGAGUUUGCCGUGCGGGUGGCUGAGGAUGAUAUCCCCCACCUCGUGGACAUUCUAAGGGCCAUCCCCCUUAACCGCGUGCAGGAGCUUCUGGCAGGAGUGGAGUCAAUGUGGCAGCGGUGGGCGUAUGCGAGUGUGGCGAGGAUGGAAGGCAGGAGGCAGGCUCACGGGGGCAGGCCGCAGCUGUGGAUGCCUGCAAUGGAGGACCUGCGGGGGGACGAUGCUAUCGCUACGCUUCUACAGGUGUUGCUGUAUAAGAGGUGUAAUGACCCGUGGAGGAAGGAGGCUGGGCUGCCAGACUGGUGCAUGGUAAACGCUGUUGGUAGAUAA